UAAAAUUAAUGUAGUGAGCAGUCAUAACUCAUAUUAUUAUAAGAUCUAUAUUAUCCAGUCAGACGAGUGAUAUACCUAUUUAAAGCAAGACGUGGAUAUUCAGUUUAUGAGAUAUCUUCUCGGAGAAACAAGUACCUAAGUGAAGCGAUUUGCCGAGCGCUUUAGAUCUUCUGGAGUUGGGGUUUUCACUCGUGUCAUGAUUUUAUUCAGUUCGCGUUACCUUUUAAGUGAACUAAGGAAAACUAAAAUGGCCACUGGAAUGCUCGCUAUAUUAUUUUCGUUAUUAGUUAUAACGAUGGGUGCUCGCGUAAGAAGAGCACAGGGAUUCAAACUUCAUCCCAAAAAUAAUGAUGAACCAACUCCUUGUACAUUUAAUAACAGAGAGGGUAUUUGUGUGCACGAGUCAGCUUGCGAUGCAGAGCAUAGGAUUUGGGAAGGUGGUGUGAUAGACGACAUUCUCUUUAGGAACGCGAGACAAUGCAAACAAAAUUAUUGGUGCUGCAGUACACCAACAAAACAAGAUAGAGAGUUAACAGACGAACAGAUGCCAGAUGGAUAUACAACUGAUGAACAGGCAACCGACAGACUGACAACAACCAUACGGACAACAGACAUACGGACAGUUGACAAACCGGCAACCAACAGAAAGACAACAGACAGGUGGGCAUCAAACACUCAGACAAUAGUAACAAGCGAACAGACAACAGAGAAGUCAGAUCCACGAACAGAUAUCGCAAAUGAUAACAAUAAUUGUCUAGCACUAGAGGCAGAUGUGUGUCCUUGGUGUGUCCUACUUUACCAUUCUGAUGGCGGUCAAACAGCACAAAAUCCUUUCUGCUUGGGUGCUUUAAUCGGUUCAAAGGCGAUCAUUACUGCAUCCACUUGCCUUAUGAGAGCUGUAAAUAAGACGUUGUAUGCCCGAUUACCGAAUUCAUCUUAUCCUGGAAAGAAUUAUAUAAUAUCGCAGCGAUUGUUCCAUCCAGAUUAUUAUACCGGAACACAUGCAUACGAUAUUGGUUUACUGGUUAUAGAAAGUGACGUGACCUUACAAAAGUCACAAGGAGCCUGUCUUGAUUUUUUGGGACCAUUGGAAGGCGACUGUGUAGGAUACGGGUUCGAUAUCAACUGGCAAAUAUAUUCGACGAUUCUUGAAGUGAAGAAUAAUAGUUGCGGUAAAGCUGGCAACACAGACGAUGCAGCAUGUGGUACUAAUGCGGAUGCAGUAUGUUUGGUUGAUUUCGGAGCACCAAUACUUUGUCCAACGGAUGACAAUCGUCUAGUUCUUCGAGGAAUAGCCCGUGGCAGAUGUGAUUCUAAUGAUCAGAUGUUGCUUGGUGGUAUCGCACGUUCUUACACAUGGAUUGAAAAAGAAUUAGAAUAUAUGACAAUUCGUAGAGAUUCAUACAUAUUAUCAUAAGACGCGAGGUUACAUUUUGGAAAUGAAUCUCCUAUGUGUAAAUAAAAAUUAUACAUAAUUUCUUUUAUUACUUACCUUUGUUAUAAAAACAAAUAAUUGUUUUAAGAGUUGUAUGUAAGAUUCAAAUAAAAUAAUUUCAUGUGC